GGUCUAAUUGGCUGAACUGCAGCUGAUCCCACUUGCAUCUCAUCAAACUGAGACUGUAUGGGCCAUCACUUCUCUUUGGGUGUCAUCUAAAAUGCCCCAUAUGUCUGUGCGUUCCGGUUAAGAGUCAGAAUUAAAGGCUUAUAUGCAGUAUACUCGCUUGAGGCUGAAGGGUGGUGUCCUGUUGCAGUUACAGGCUUACAGUAUGGAUGGUGUCAAGGAUGAGCUGAGCCUCUGACACCAUGAUGCAGCCCUCAUCCUCCACCGACUCGCACAGGCAGGCGGACAAUAGCAGCCGGAAGCAGUCGCGCUCCUCCUCCCCCGCCGGCCCUAAAUCGACGCAAAAAGGAAGCAACCUGUCAAAGCCCCUCGCCUCAAAGCAAGCGGUGGGCACAGGAGGAGGGAGAAGCAGUCGUGGUCAUUCCCCCGUCUCGUCAGGCAGGGAGCGGCAGGCCGGGGGAGCUCCCGCAUCCAAAGGCGCGGCUGCUGUUCAGCUCGCCGGUUCUGAAAGCCCCACUCUGAGCCGGGCGGCAGCAGACAGAGGUGGCAUUCAGACAUGUGACGACUCACCGCGCCUGGGCCCUGAUACCUCCUCCCCAUCCAGAGCCGAUCCCAACCGAGUUGUGUCGGACCAGCCCUGCGCAUCCAAAUCCCCCAAAUUGAGGAGUAAAAACCAGAAAGGAGGGGACGUUUCUGCCUCUGUGGCUACUAAGAAAAGCUCCAAAGGUACAGUCGGCUGCGGACCUGGCUUCUGGAAGGAAGGGUGCUUACAAUCAGAGCUGAUUCAGUUCCACCUGAAUAAAAGCUUGGGGAAGAAAGGAACAAAGAUGCAGGCCAAGCCAGCAUCUCCCCCUGCCUCGGAGUUGUCCCCAGAGCGUGUACCCCUGCAACUAACACCUCAGAAGGACCAGACACUACUGGAGGAGGUGGAACGGCUGGAGGAUGAAAACGAUGAUCUUAAGACUGAAAUUGAGGAGAUGCGAGCAGAGAUGGAUGAGAUGCGGGACACCUUCUAUGAGGAAGAUGCCUGCCAGCUGCAUGACAUGCGCAGAGAGCUGGAGAGAGCAAACAAGAACUGUCGAAUACUCCAAUAUCGCUUGAAGAAGGCAGAGAGAAAAAGGCUCCGCUUUACAGAGAGUGGCCAAGUAGAUGGAGAGAUGCUCAGAAGUCUUGAGCAAGACCUGAAGGUGGCAAAGGAUGUUUCUGUGCGUUUGCACCAUGAGUUGGAAAACGUAGAGGAGAAGAGAACAAGGACUGAAGAGGAGAAUGAGAAAUUGAGGCAGCAAUUAAUAGAAGUGGAAGUCACUAAGCAAGCUCUUCAAAAUGAGCUAGAAAAAGCCAAAGAGCUCUCAUUGAAAAGAAAAGGAAGUAAGGAUCUCCAAAAAGAAAGAAAGACUCAGCAUACCCCAAUUGAGGAAGAAAAUGACGAUCUGAAGUGCCAGCUGGCGUUUAUCAAAGAAGAGGCUGUCCUAAUGAGGAAAAAGAUGGCAAAGAUAGACAAAGAAAAGGACCGUCUGGAGCAGGAGCUGCAGAAGUACCGCUCCUUCUAUGGGGACGUGGACAGCCCCUUGCCCAAAGGUGAAGCCGGGGGUCCCCCCACUACACGUGAAUCUGAGCUGAAGCUCCGUUUGCGCCUGGUUGAGGAGGAAGCCAACAUCCUGGGGAGGAAGAUUGUAGAGUUAGAGGUGGAGAACAGGGGACUGAAGGCUGAAUUGGACGACAUGAGAGAGGACAGUCUUGUGGCUGCAGGAAUGGAUGGUGAUGGGCGUGGAGGUCAGCAGUGCAGAGAGCAGGGUGAGGCACUGUCUGAGCUGAGGCAGCAGCUGCAGCUAGUGGAGGAUGAAGCAGAACUACUGCGCAGGAAUUUAGCAGAUGUGGAGGAAGAAAACAAAAAGGUGACAAAUGAACUGAACAAACUCAAGUACAAGGCGGGGUCUCAUGAAGCAGGCUUGAGACACUCAGGAGGAGGAAGUGACCCUGCUAAAAUGGAGGCCCUCCAGGAGGAGCUAAAAACAGCCCGUCUGCAGAUCAAUGAACUGAGCGGCAAAGUGAUGCAGCUCCAGUAUGAGAAUCGUGUACUGCUCUCUAACAUGCAGCGCUAUGAUUUGGCUUCACACCUGGGCAUACGAGCAAGCCCACGGGACAGUGACGCCGAGAGUGACGGAGGGCGGGACGAUGAUACCCCCUCAGCCUCAGCCUCUUCACCUCGCCUCCUGCCGCCCCACCGUAAACGGGAGGGCCCUAUUGGAGGCGAGAGUGACUCGGACGAGGUGAGGAACAUCCGCUGCCUUACUCCGACACGCUCUCUCUACUCACCUGUGGAGAGCCGUUUUUUAUCUAGAAGCCUGAAGGACCGGCAGCAGAUGAUAGACAUCCGAAUCGAAGCCGAAAGGCUGGGCCGGACCAUCGACAGGCUUAUUGCUGAUACAAGUACCAUUAUUGCUGAGGCUCGGAUUUAUGUCACCAAUGGUGAACUUUUUUCUAGGCUAGAUGAUGAAGACGAAGGUGGCAGAAUCCGAGAACAUGAGCUGCUAUAUCGCAUCAAUGCGCAGAUGAAAGCUUUCAGAAAAGAGCUGCAAGGUUUCAUUGACCGGUUGGAUGUUCCUAAACAAGAUGACAAACAACCAGAAGAACCUCUAUCUGGAGGGGAGAAUCGAAGAAUUUUGCUGGACUUGAAGACAGUGUUGGAGGAAGUGCAGGUGGAGGUAAAGCGAGAGGAGGAGAAGAGAAGUGAUCUUCAACUGCAAUACACCAGAGACAGGUGUGCCUGGGAGCUAGAGAGGGCAGAGCUCAAGUGCCGAAUUGCACAGCUGGAAACCAAAGACGAUUCGAGAUCAGCAAGUGGUGGUGUCCAGUGUGUCGCAGGUUCUACUUCAGUGACUCAACAAGUUGGUUGUGAAGAACACAGUGAGACGUCAACACUGCGCCAGGACAAAGAGGAACAGCGGAGACUUUUGGCAGACACACACUCAACCACCAUGGAACUGCGUUGUCGUCUGGAGCACAAUGAGAAGGAUUGGUUGAAAGAGAAAGCCGAGCUGCUUGAGAGAUUCAACAUCGAAAGGAGUGAAUGGGAGAGCCAACUGAAAGAUAUGCAAAGGAAAAUAGAGGAGUUGUACAAUGAGGUGAGGGCCAAACGAGAAGGAGCUGGUGGAAGGCAGAACGACAAAGAAAUACAUCGGCUAAGUGUGCCUUCACUCAGCUCUGCUUCUAGUGUGCUUAGUGACACGUCACAGACACACAGCAGCUGCAGUCAGUUAGAGCCUUUAUCUGUCUUUGACCACUACAUCACGAGUGGUGAGAGGAGAGAGACUCAUAACAUCACUUGUUAUCAACCAGACAGCUUCAAAGGACUAAUUGUUAGUAGUCAAUUUACUCAUAAUGAAUGUGCACAUCCUGGAUUGACGUCGAGAGACCCCAUCCUUGACAGGAAUAAUGUUGUGAACAAUUCUGAGCUUGAAGCAAAUUUCCAUAAACCUACUGGAUGUGGACUGGCAACAAAACCUGCCUCCUUAGAGAAUGAAAGACGUCUUCAUUCUGGCAUUCAAGGAAAUCCACUUUUGGCAGAGCUGUGUAAUGCCGGUGAGAAGAAGAAAAGCACCACUGCCCUCAAUGCUGCUCUGAAGGAGAUUGCUCGUGUCAGUGAGGAACUCUGUAGCUACCAGGAUGAGAUAAUAAAGAAGAGUGAUGAUAAAAGGAAUCAAUCGGAAUCAUUGUACCUCUCAGGAGAAAAGAACACACCUACAGAAAUGGAUAAAACUGGACUGCGGUCAAAUGAGACACCAAACGACCUCAAACAAAUCUACAAUCAACUUAAAGAAUUGGAGAAGGAAAACUGGAUAACCUUGACCCCCAAUUACACCUGGCGGGCUAACAGAGGGUUGAAAGAUUCCUGUGAAAAGAAUUAUAUUGACAGCUGCAAAGAUAUACAGACAAGCCCGGUAGCACUCUUUGAUAUGGAUACAGCAUGCCCCCCUGUCCCUCCCCGUAGCUUCUUCAGGAAUCUGAGCUCCCCCUCCCAGACAGACACAGAACUCUACAUCCCCGAAUCCCCUAUGACAACAAUGAAAAAGUGUCACAGUCCAUGUGUUACAGUAGAUAAGAAGUGUAGCAGUCCCUCUGUUGUUAGAAAGUUUGAAGCCAUGUUGCAAGAAAAUGAAGGAAAGGUUUUCAUAGAUGGCGUGGUAUCGUGUUCGGUCCCUAAAAGUUCAAACUGUAACAAUGGCUGCUGCCACAACCGCUGGUCCUGUGAUGCAUCCAAGUUCACAAGCAGUAAGUUGUCCAGAUGUGGGACUGUUCAGAAGAGUUUCUCCGAAGCCAACAUAUUGACUUCACGAAAAGACUGCUCACCUUUCAGCCCUGGCAUUGGGAAUUCACAUAACCCACAAAUACAAAUACCUCCAGCUGUCAAAGAACUACCUGUUGAUUUGCUAUUGUCCUCCUUGGAAAUACCACCAACCGGUCCCAAUCUGCAGGGCUCCAGGAGAAACAUCAUGUUGGAACUCAAAACUGCAGAGUUCAACAGAACUUUGUUUCAAGCAGGGAUGGGUCGUGGGGUAGAGGAUCAAGAAAUAGUUACAGAAGUAGAUGGCUCCUCUGUGGGUUGCCAACCAGCCCCGAUAGCAGACAGUGUGCCAGAUGAGUGGUUACCCUCACAGCCUUGCCCUGAUGACACCACUGGUGUCAGAGAAGUAAAUAUUGAAGGUUCUUUAUCCACCCCCACUUUACCUCUUACAAUUCAAAACAAAGAGGUCAAACUGACCCAAAGUAGUUCUGAAUCUCAAGAGGCUGGAAUAAUCAAUUGCACAUCUUAUGUCAAUCUUCCCAAACAAACAAGUGCUUCAGUAUGGGAGGCCAACACAGUACAUUCUCAGAGUCCAGAAUACAUUUCUGAGGUUGAGCAAAAUGUUCAAUCAGCCAGCAGCCUUUCUAGAAAAACACAAAACAGAGCACGGACAGGCAGUGAGCCUGUAUUGUCUACAAUUACCCAUCAAUAUCAAAAUAUGGAAGAUCUCAACUCCAGGAUGGACUAUCCUUUAGGUCCAAAGAUUCAGCCAACCAAGGUUGAGGUCUCACUCCAGGAAACCUCUGCUCAGAGCAAACAUAGACAACCAAAACUUCCCAAAUUUGGGUCUGUGCCUUCCUCCCAGACUGAAUGCUCCAGACCUGCACCCCGAACGUUAAAUGACCAUCCAUGGAAGCCCCUCACUCUUGCUGCGUACCCACGCCCUGAGGGUUCACGAUCCAACUACGGAGCAUUAGAAAGAAUUCUGAAGCAUUAUGAGAGUGCAGCUAAGUCACAAGCACAGGACGAGACAGCUUCAAAUCCUAACGUCAGCCUUCGACAAGACAACACCAUCGAAUUAAACAUGCAAGACAUCUACGCCCAUCCUGUUGCUCCUACUCUGCGACAGCCAUCUUUAAUGCAGUCAGGUCUCACACUCAGCAAUCGCAGUGGCAUGAGAGUGGUACAGAUCCAGCAACCAGUGCAGGAUGAAAGAGAGUUGUGCAUCUCCUCCAACCUGAAUGUCUUUUCAAAGCCUGCAAGUCCAGCCAAUAGACGUUUGCCUUCCCGAUGGGCCAGCCGCCCCCCCAACUUGAACUGAACUCUUCUUCCUCUUCUGCUGCUAUAUCUCCCUGUACCACACCUAUUUAACUGCUGCCAGAAACUUACUUCUUCCUUUACUGACUGCCAUACCUUUCACACAGCUAUACCUGAGCUCGCAUCCUCAUCACUGUUGUACAUAAUUACUCCAAUCUACCCUGCCAUACCCGUUUAGGUGCUAUAGUUGUGAGUCUGCUGUCACAUGUAUGCCCUGGAACUGAUUUAACUAAUUAGAAGACUUUCUGAAAUAGCUUCAGCUGUGCUGUAACAUGCUCACACUGACCUGCCAAGUGUUGUGCAUGCUUCUGAGGGCGAUGAAAACAUUGUUGAUUUACUACACUCAGGUCUGUAUUCCUGCCCUGACUAUAGAAGCCUUGCAGAUCUAUCUACUUCAAGAUGCUUUAUUAUUUACCGACAGCCUACAUACAGUAAUUUACAACUGAAAGUGACGCAAGCUCAUAACUGAAUGGAAUUGUAUGGUGUUGAAAUGGUCACUUUUUUACUUUAAUUUGAAUUGCAUACAUGUGCUGUACCUUUCCUGUGCUGUGACUGAGAUUUUCCUUUUACAUUGAGCACUGACUCUGCAUCCAUUAUGCCCUGGAUACAUCUACUGUAUCUUCGGUAUUCAUAGAACUGUACCUGUGAGUUCCCUUUUAUACUUUGUACUAAAAGCUGGUUUUGUUCAUUGCAUUUUUCUGACUUUAGUUUGAAACCUGAUGUUUGUAAUGAUUUUAUUACUGUCAUCUUAAUUGCUUAAGUUAUAUUAUAUCACUUAUAUUGAGUAUCAUUUGCUGUACAACAUGAAUGGCAGUGCUUAGUGAACAAAGACCAGGCCUUUUUAAAUCGUAUACAAAUAAAUAGUAACAUAUCAGGACAUUACUCAGUUGAGUAUCUUACAGUUAGGGGUGAUGUACUCAACUCCAUCACUAUUAAAGAAAUGCCUUUGCUGUUAAUUUUGUGUAAUAAAAUAAGGACUGA